UCAGCGAUAUGCUUUCUGAGGAUGAAAGACGCGCAGUGCACUUUCUUAAUCUUUCUGCGCAAAAUCAAGAUCUUCCUUAUCGUCCAUUUCUGAGGAAGUUGAAUGAUGACGAAGAAUUUGAUUCAUUAAGUUCUGCAAAAAUUCUGGCCAUCUUGAUAUGCUCAACAAAUAAACCCUUGUCAUUUGAUGUUACCGAAUAUUUUCGUUGGAUCACCUCUAAACUUAAAAGCAGCAAUGCUAGUAUUUAUGAUCUCGCUGUUCAGAUAUUGGAAUCGGUGCUGAGAGUUCCAAGCUGUCGUUUGCAAUUUUGGAAUUCUGUACAAGGAGUAGAUGCAUUAGUCAACAUCCUAAAGACGAAAAACCCAUCACCCCAGAUGCAGUACCAAAUAAUUUUUUGUUUUUGGCUACUGACAUUUGAAAAGGAUAUCGCAGCCCAAUUUAACAA